CUAGAAAACUAUAUCACUCUCUGCAAAAUUCUCAUUCGUAUUCUCUCUCUCUCUCUCUCUCUUGUUCGGUGCUCUUUGUUAUUUCUCUCUCUCUAUAACUUCGCGGAGGAAGCAAUUCUGGACCGGUCCGCCGGUGCUGACGUGGACGGCGUGUCCCGAUCUCCGGAGUUGGAGGGUUUAAGCUUCGUCAGAGUCUCUCCAGGUUGAUUAGUAAUCGUUGUGAUUUGUUGUUAAGUGAUCCAGACACUGGACCCCGUUUUGCUUUAGGCCUGUUGAUACAUUUAUUCUGGCAGCUCUUUACUUUUUUCCUGGAAGUGCAGUUGCUUGGAGUCCAGUGCUUGAAGAAUUUUAGUGAGAGUAACCCCUUAUUAUGAUGGCAUCAAGAUCAUGUGGAAAUUUUUUGGACUUGGCUUCUGGCGGAAUGCUGGAUGUUUCCCAAACUCCUAGAGGUCUUCCAAGGGUCAUGACUCUUCCUGGCAUUAUAUCUGAUGGUAAUGGGAGCAGUGAUGCAGACUCAGAUAGCACAUCGACUGUAUGCCGGGAACGGAAAAUCAUAGUGGCAAACAUGUUACCUUUGCAGGCCCAAAAGGAUCCUGCAACUGGUAAAUGGCGCUUUAGUUUGGAUGAAGAUUCGAUAUUGUUACAAUCAAAGGAUGGAUUUUCACCUGAGACUGAGGUCAUAUAUGUUGGAUCUCUCAAAGUAGAAAUAGACCCCAAUGAGCAGGAAGAAGUUGCACAGAGACUUCUAGAUGACUUCAACUGCGUACCCACUUUUCUUCCUCUUGAUAUCCAGAAGAAGUUCUAUUAUGGUUUUUGUAAGCAACAGCUCUGGCCUCUGUUCCAUUACAUGCUUCCUAUGUGCACGGAUCAUGGAGAUCGCUUUGACAGACAGCUCUGGCAGGCUUACGUGUCUGCAAAUAAGGUUUUUGCUGAUAAGGUCAUGGAGAUAGCCAAUCCAGAGGAUGAUUUCAUCUGGAUUCAUGAUUACCAUCUCAUGGUACUCCCUACAUUUCUAAGGAAGCGCUAUAAUAGAGUCAAGCUUGGGUUUUUUCUUCACAGCCCAUUUCCUUCGUCAGAGAUAUACAGAACACUGCCCGUUAGAGAUGAAAUUCUGAAAGGAUUAUUGAAUUCUGAUUUAAUAGGUUUCCAUACAUUUGACUAUGCUCGUCAUUUCCUGUCUUGUUGUGGUAGAAUGCUAGGCCUGGACUAUGAAUCUAAGAGGGGGCAUAUUGGACUGGAUUACUUUGGCCGUACAGUGUAUAUAAAGAUUCUCCCAGUAGGUAUUCACAUGGGUAGACUGGAAUCUGUGUUGAAUCUGCCCUCUACAUGCAAUAAAGUCAAAGAGAUCCAAGAACAGUUCAAGGGCAAGAAAGUGAUUCUUGGAGUUGAUGACAUGGAUAUAUUUAAAGGCAUCAGUUUGAAGUUGCUAGCUUUUGAACAGCUCUUGGAGCAACAGAAGGAGUUGCAGGGAAAGCUAGUGUUGGUUCAAAUAGUGAAUCCGGCGAGGAGCUCUGGAAAAGAUGUCCAAGAAGCCAAAAAGGAAACAUACUUAACUGCUAAAAGAAUUAAUGAGGUUUAUGGGUGUGAUGAUUAUGAACCUGUGAUUUUGAUUGAUCGUCCUGCACCUCGCGAUGAGAAGACUGCCUAUUAUGCUAUAGCAGAAUGCUGCAUAGUUAAUGCAGUGAGGGACGGAAUGAACUUGGUCCCGUAUAAAUAUAUAGUUUGCAGGCAGGGUUCGUCUAGUAUGGAUCAAGCUAUGGGUAUAAAACCAGAUUGUCCAAGGACUAGCAUGCUUGUUGUGUCGGAGUUUAUUGGUUGCUCACCAUCUUUAAGUGGGGCAAUUAGGGUGAAUCCGUGGGACAUUGAUGCUGUUGCUGAGGCCAUGAACACAGCAAUCACCAUGCCUGAUGCAGAAAAGCAAUUGCGGCAUGAGAAACACUACCGUUAUGUUAGUUCUCAUGAUGUAGCUUAUUGGGCUCGCAGCUUCAUGCAGGACUUGGAGAGAGCUUGCAAGGAUCACUAUGAUAAGCGUUGUUGGGGCAUUGGCUUAGGCCUGGGUUUCAGAGUCCUAUCACUUUCUCCAAGUUUUAGGAAGUUAUCAGUUGAUCACAUUGUCUCAGCAUAUAAAAGGACAAGCAGAAGAGCGAUAUUUCUGGACUAUGAUGGUACUGUUGUAUCUCAAUCCUCCAUGGUCAAAUCCCCUAGCCCUGAAGUGGUGAAUGUGCUCAAUGCUCUGUGUAAUGAUCCUAAUAACACAGUGUUCAUUGUUAGUGGGAGAGGAAGGAGUUCAUUAAGUGAUUGGCUUGCUCCAUGUGAAAAAUUGGGACUGGCUGCUGAACAUGGAUUUUUUCUGAGGUGGGACAAAACUUCUGAAUGGGAAUCGUUAGCUGCUGAUCUUGAUUGGAAAGAAAUUGUGGAGCCUAUUAUGAAACUGUACACAGAAGCAACUGAUGGAUCCAGUAUGGAAGUUAAAGAUAGUGCAUUGGUGUGGCAUCAUCAGGAUGCUGACCCUGACUUCGGCUCCUGUCAGGCCAAGGAACUCUUGGAUCAUUUGGAAAAUGUUCUUGCAAAUGAACCUGCUGUUGUUCGGAGGGGACAGCAUAUUGUAGAAGUAAAACCACAAGGAGUGACCAAAGGCUCAGUUGCUGAGAAGGUUCUCUCAAUGUUGGCCAGUAAUGGGAAGGCACCAGAUUUUGUUGUGUGUAUUGGAGAUGAUAGAUCGGACGAAGAUAUGUUCGAGAGCAUACUGAAUGCUGUCUCUAGUUCAUCCCUUCCUGCUGUUCCAGAGAUCUUUGCUUGCACUGUUGGGCAAAAGCCAAGCAAGGCGAAAUAUUAUCUUGACGAUACUGGCGAUGUCGUGAGACUGCUUCGAGGUCUCGCCAAUGCCUCGAACCCGAAGCCUCGAGACAGUGCCCAAUUCCAGGUUUCAUUUGACAGUGUCUUCUGACAAAUGUAAGGUAGGUUUAUGUAAAUUGUUGUGCUUUUUGGGAGACUCCUCUUCUGCUGACCAGGAAAAAGAAAAUUUGACCAAAAUAUUAACUUAAAUAGGAUGUGGAAACUGGACUACAGUUGUUUUUUGGUUCUCUCCAGGUCCUCGGUGGGCUGUGGAUCUUUAGUAUAGUGUCUUUAAAGUGUAGUUUUGCGGAUAUGUCCAUAUAGUGGCUGCCUUAAUUUGAUUAGUUGGCACCAUUACAUUGUAUAGUCAACAUUGCUUCUCUAAUGUAAUUCUAAUUUGAGUCGUGAUUUUGGCUUGUUUAUA